AUGAAAGCAAAAGGUAAUCUCCGUGAGUAUCGCAUUAUCGGCCGUAAACUUCCAUCAGCUACAUUGAAAACGCCACCACUCUAUGAAAUGCAUAUCUAUGCACCUGAUGAAGUUCAAGCGAAAUCACGUUUCUGGUUCUUCUUACGUCAACUAAAACGUGUCAAGAAAAGUGCUGGUGAAAUCGUGGAAUGUAAAUUAGUCAAUGAACGUAAACCUUUAGUCGUGAAGAAUUUCGGUAUUUGGCUUCGUUACGAUUCCCGUUCAGCUGUAACACAAUGUUACCGAGAUAUGGGUGCCAAACACCGUGCCAGACCAUCAACAAUUCAAAUCAUGAAGAUUAAACGUUUAGCCGCUAAAGAUUGCCGUCGACCACAUGUCACACAAUUUCAUGAUUCGAAAAUCAAAUUUCCAAUGGUUAACAAAGCAACAAAACGUUUACAUCAUCCACGUUUUACAACUCGUCGUCCUCACACAUAUUUUUAA